GGUCUCGUUGACAUCGGCUCCCGUCAUAUCACUAUCGCGGAUGACGGCCGAGAAUAGCACCGCGCUGCAUGCUCUCCCCAUUCGAUAUUCGCCUGUGACCCUGUCCAGGCGAGAAGCGACCAUAUCAUCAUCACCAGCUACCCACCCGACGUGCCUUGUCAUAUCCUCCGUCAUCCCCGCUGCUACAUCUGCGGGCAGCUCUCAUCCUCCUUUGACCGCCGGCGCAUGGAUCGGGCUCGCGUUAGGCGUCGCCGGGAUGUUGCUGGCCGUAGUGUUAACUGUUGUUAUCACGAGAAGAUCGAGGCGAGUGCUGCCUGCUUCACGCGCAGAUCAUCCACCAGGUGCUGACGUUGAGCGCCCGGAUCCGCAAGCCAACCCCUCCGUCUCUCUUUCUAUCAGUAUACCAAGGCAUAAAGCCCACGAUCUCGUCCUGACUGAGGAGUCAUCCCCUCGGAGCUCAACACUAGCAGAAAGGCGAUCUUCUGUCAUGUCCUACCUCUCAGGGACUUACGUGAUCGUGGAGCCGCAAAGGUUUAGCAUCGCUCCUUUGCCGACUGGAC